GAUUAGUGAAAGCUCCUUACUUUGCAACCCUCCAAAACCAAAGAUACUGAACACUGACCAGUGUUUAAUCCACCAACACUAAACACUCUAGCUCCUCCCCUUUUCCAACUUUAAUAAAUGCUUUGGUGUCCGGAUGUUUGCUUCACACUGCCAUCAUGUUCCUUUACCAGCUGCUCAACUUUUUCUUUGCAGCCUCCAAAAAGGAGGAGGACUCCAAGUAUGACCUGUCCCUGUACAAGCGUGGAGACUUGCUAGAGGUGCCCCGGACGUUAUUCACACAUUUUGGUAUUUACCUGGGUGACAACCGGGUGGCUCAUCUCAUUCCAGACAUCCUGCCUGCCAUCACUAAAGAUAAAUCUGCAAUAGCCAAGAUGGUGACAAACAACCGCCUGCUGAUGGGCGUCGUCACCAAGGUGGCCAGCGUCAGAGUGGACACUGUGGUGGACUUUGCGUACGGCUCUGACAUCCUGAUCAACCACAUGGACAAAGUGUGCAGCCAGCCUCCACUGGAUGGGGAUGAGGUGGCGCGGAGGGCUGAGAAGCUGCUGGGAUCGGUCACCUACAGCUUGCUGUGGUACAACUGUGAACAUUAUGUCAUGUACUGCAGAUACGGCAUGGCCAUCAGCUACCAGACAUACCAGUUCUGCACUACGGUACGUAAGAUCGUGUUCAGCAGGAUGAGCGCCUACCUGACGGCACUGUGCGGCGUGAGCUUCAUGCUGCACCUGAGCUGCGUCACGCCGCUGACAGUCCUCCUCACCGUGCUCAUCUCCUUCACCAUUUGGAUGGCCUCAUAGGCUCAUCGUGUGAAAUAGACUAUAAAUGAUGUGCAGCAAAAUCUAAACAAAACACAUCAGGAACUUCUGGUUAAAUGCUUCGGUUGCUAGCAUCCCUCCAUUACAGUAGGGAUGGAGGUUUCUUCUAGAUUUGUCUGAACUUUUUUUUUAUUGUCUUGUACUGACUGGAUAAUAACUUGCAAUAAGAAGUUGUUCUGCUUUAAAUAUAUUUAGAAUUGUAUUAAGCUCAAAUGUUCAUCAAUUUCAGGUCGUAGAUUUUAGAUUUCAUUCUGUUAAAUAAAGUCACAUCAACUUGAGUACAUUGAUGAAGGUUCAGCGGAGGGUCAGCAAAAUGACUUUUACCAUUUUCAGAGUCAAUAAUCAAACACCUUUCAGGUUGUCAUUAAGUAAGUUGUUAGACUGCAUUCCUCUGUGACGUGAUCGUGGUAAAUGUAAACAGAAUGCGUCACAUGCUUCCUGACUCUUCACUGAACAUUAUGUGCUGCAUUGUUCUGGAACAAUAAUAAAUAAUAUUAAUUACAUAAGUGAAGGGAAGCAAACUAGUCCACCUGUCUGAGCAACCUGGGAGGUUGUGCCCUCUGCUGCACAAAAUGUUGAUUACCAACUUAUCUAGAAACUGAGAGAGUCCAUGAAUGUAAGAUAGAUAACUGGUACUGAAAAGAAAUGUGGCUAUAUUGAUCAAAAAGAAAAAAUGUCAAAAAUGAUUAUCGGAAAGCUUGAGUUGUUGAUCAUUUUCACUUGUAUGGAAAAAAAAUUAGAUGAGAAUUUUUUUUUCUAAAUGGAAAAUAAAAAAUUUUUUUUUUCA